AUGGUCAUUCACAGCAAGGAGAUUGCCACCCAUUUUGGCAGCUCUGACGAUAGCCGGAUUGUUGAGGAAAGCAGUCACGUUGGCCCGUCCAUGACAUUUGCUAUCGCACAACUGAGCGGUUGCAUCUCCGUAUCUCGUGAGGCACGGCUUCACCUUCUCCAACAAUGCCGCUCUUUCACCACACAUCUUCUUCACGCUACUGCUAGCAAUUUCGAAUAG